AUGGCAUUAAACCCCCAAUAUGAAGUUAUCGGGAAGGGUUUCGUACAACAGUAUUAUGCGAUGUUUGACGACCCUGCUCAAAGACAAAAUUUAAUGAAUAUGUACAAUACCGAGUCAUUCAUGACAUUUGAGGGUUUGCAAAUACAGGGUGCUAUGAAAAUCAUGGAAAAAUUAACUAGUUUAACAUUUCAAAAAAUAAAUCGGAUAAUCACUGCGAUUGAUUCACAACCAAUGUUUGAUGGUGGCGUACUCAUUAAUGUAUUAGGAAGGUUGCAGACUGAUGAGGAUCAGCCCCAUGCAUACAUCCAGACAUUUGUCCUGAAGCCAAUUGGCGUGAGCUUUUACGUGCAGCAUGACAUCUUCAGACUUGCUCUGCACGACACGGUUUAGGCGUCAGGUAUUGCUAUUCCAUUGAUCUUCGUUCCAUGGUACAGGCAAGCCCGAUACUAACUUCUAGUGUCUAAAAAUCUGCUUUAUGUUUCUUAGUAUGCUUGCUUGUUGUUAACUUUCAUUUGAAUUUGUAUUAUUUUUUGCAUUAUUGCUUUUGCCUUAACUAAAAAGAGUUACUUGAAGAAGAAGAUAGAGAAAUAAAAAUGUUUGGUGCAUUAUAAGUGAUGUUAAUGCACAGCAAUUGUAGAAGAUCUAAAGAUUUCAAUCGGUUCUGUUAUACCAGAAACAUUCUCAUGUAACUUGGAUGAUCUUCAGAACUCUGAUGAUGAAAAACUAUUAAAUUGCUGAACUGAAAGGAAUAAAAUUUGUGUUUUAUUUUUUUUUUUUA